UCACAGGACCGGGCCCCACGAUUGGCGCGUGGCUGCCCCCUCAGUUUGGCUGGGUCGCUCCGCGUCUGCUGCCUGUUGCCUCCGCGAGUACCUCGAACUUUUUGAGGUGGAAGAUGGCGGAGAGCGCCUUCGCCGAGCGUAGCGACGGGGGCGAGGAGAAGGUUUCUGGUGCUGAAGUCAUCGCCCAGGCCCUGAAAACCCAAGAUGUGGAGUACGUGUUUGGCAUCGUGGGCAUCCCAGUGACCGAAAUCGCCGUUGCGGCGCAGAAGCUGGGCAUCAGAUAUGUGGGGAUGAGGAAUGAGCAAGCGGCUUGUUAUGCUGCCUCUGCGGUUGGAUAUCUGACAGGCAGGCCAGGUGUAUGCCUCGUGGUUUCUGGCCCAGGUCUUAUCCACGCUUUGGGUGGUAUGGCAAAUGCAAAUGUGAACUGUUGGCCUUUGAUUGUGAUUGGUGGUUCUUCUGAAAGAAGACAGGAAACAAUGGGAGCCUUCCAGGAGUUUCCACAGGUUGAAGCUUGUAGAUUGUAUUGCAAGUUCUCUGCCCGGCCGAGCAGCAUAGAAACUAUUCCUUCUAUUAUUGAAAAGGCAGUGAGAAGCAGUAUUUAUGGCCGUCCAGGUCCUUGUUAUGUUGACAUACCUGCAGAUUUUGUGAACUUCCAAGUGAAUGUGAAUUCUAUAAAGUACGUGGAGUGCUGCUUGCCACCUCCUGUUAGUAUGGCAGAAACUUCUGCUGUAUAUAUGGCAGCAUCUGUGCUUCGGAAUGCCAAACGGCCCCUCCUUAUCAUUGGGAAAGGUGCUGCUUAUUCCCGUGCAGAGGAGGCUAUCAGGAAAUUGGUGGGGCAAUGUAAAUUGCCAUUUUUGCCCACCCCCAUGGGUAAGGGUGUUGUCCCUGAUAACCAUCCAAACUGUGUAUCUGCUGCCAGAUCCAGGGCUUUGCAAUUUGCUGAUGUAAUUGUGCUAUUUGGUGCCAGAUUAAAUUGGAUUUUGCAUUUUGGACUGCCUCCAAGAUAUCAACCAGAUGUGAAGUUUAUCCAGAUUGAUAUCUGUGCAGAAGAAUUGGGGAAUAAUGUAAAGCCUGCUGUGAGUUUGCUAGGAGACAUAAAUGCUGUCACUAAACAGCUUUUAGAACAAUUUGAUAAAACACCAUGGCAGUAUCCUCCAGAGAGCAGCUGGUGGCAAACUCUGAGAGAAAAAAUGGAGAGCAAUGAAGCUGCAUCCAAGGAAUUAGCUUCCCAAAAAUCCCUGCCUAUGAAUUAUUACACAGUAUUCUACCAAGUUCAAGAACAACUACCCAGAGACUGUUUUGUGGUAAGUGAAGGAGCAAAUACUAUGGAUAUUGGACGCACUGUGAUCCAGAACUACCUUCCUCGUCACAGGCUUGAUGCUGGCACUUUUGGAACAAUGGGAGUUGGUUUGGGAUUUGCCAUUGCAGCUGCUAUAGUGGCAAGAGAUAGAAACCCAGGGAAGCGGGUCAUUUGUGUGGAAGGAGACAGUGCAUUUGGGUUUUCUGGGAUGGAAGUGGAAACCAUCUGCAGGUACAACUUGCCCAUUGUACUUUUGGUGGUGAAUAAUAAUGGAAUUUACCAAGGUUUUGAUGCAGAUAGUUGGAAGGAAAUGUUAAAAUUUGGAGAUGCUACUGAAGUGGCUCCUCCAGUCUGUCUUCUGCCAAACUCACAUUAUGAGCAGGUUAUGACUGCGUUUGGAGGCAAAGGGUAUUUUGUACAAACACCAGAAGAACUCCAAAAAUCACUGAGGGAGAGUUUGGCAGACACAACUAAACCUUCUCUGAUCAAUAUCAUGAUUGAGCCGCAAGCCACACGGAAGGCCCAGGAGGAGCAAAAGAUGACAAAAUCUCCCUACAAGGAGUUCCUGAGCCUGCAGGGUUUGAAUGUCUUCCCCGAAGGGUGUAACGUCAGAGAAGAAUCCCUAGCCUUUCUAAGUUGGCCUUUGUGCUUGUGGACACCUGCAAUAAAAGCCCUUCCCGGCCUGGAUCAGAAGAAGCGUGGUAGCCACAGAGCAUGCUGCCUCCUAACGCCCCCUCCACCCCCACUGUUCCCACCACCAUUCUUCAGAGGGGGCCGAAGUUUGCUGCUGUCCCCAGACAUGAAGAAUCUCAUCCUGGAACUGGAGACCACACAGUCUUCAUGUGCACAAGGAUCACUCGGCUCCCCUGGGCCCCCUGGCCCCCAGGGUCCACCGGGACUUCCUGGCAAGAUAGGACCAAAGGGAGAAAAGGGGGAGCUUGGCCUACCAGGAAGGAAGGGUAGACCUGGUCCCCCGGGUGUUCCUGGCAUGCCCGGGCCAGUUGGCCCUGAAGGACCCAGGGGUGAAAAAGGUGACCUGGGUGUGAUGGGCUUGCCAGGGUCAAGAGGACCAAUGGGCUUCAAGGGCUACCCUGGAUCCAGAGGGGAAAAGGGAUCCAGAGGUGAAAGGGGUGACUUGGGUCCCAAAGGAGAAAAGGGCUUCCCAGGAUUUCCUGGAAUGCUGGGGCAGAAAGGUGAAAUGGGUCCAAAGGGUGAGCCUGGGAUAACAGGACACAGGGGACCCAGAGGAAGACCAGGAAAACGAGGCAAGCCGGGGCAGAAGGGAGAUAGUGGAGUAAUGGGCCCACCAGGCAAGCCUGGGCCUUCUGGUCAACCUGGCCGUCCAGGCCCACCAGGCCCCCCGGGGCCCCCAUCUGCAGGACAACUUGUGAUGGGACCCAAAGGGGACAGAGGAUUUCCCGGGCCUCCAGGAAGCUGUCUUUGUGGAACCCCUACGAAUGUGAAUAACCCUUCUUACAGGGAAUCCAUGUUUGGGGCCAGUUCCCCACACGUUCCUGUGAUUUUUGUAGUCAACAAUCAGGAGGAGCUUGAGAGACUGAACACCCAAAACGCCAUUGCCUUCCGCAAAGACCAGAGAUCUCUGUACUUCAAGGACAGCCUUGGCUGGCUCCCAAUCCAGGUAACCCCUUUCUACCCUGUGGACUACACUGCAGACCACCGUGGCUCCUGUGGGGACGGGGUCCUGCAGCCCGGGGAGGAGUGUGAUGAUGGGAACAACAAUGUGGAUGACGACUGCAUCAGCUGUCACCGGGCCUACUGUGGAGAUGGCCACCAGCACAAGGGCGUGGAGGACUGUGAUGGCUCUGACUUCGGCUACCUGACGUGCGAGACCUAUCUCCCUGGGUCAUAUGGAGACCUGCAGUGCACCCCGUACUGCUACAUCGACUCCACGUCCUGCCGCUACUUCACAUGAGGAGGAGGUGGGCUGCAUCCUAUAUAUUUGGCAACAGCUUCUCCACUGUCAUCAAAUUGACUUUGCGCCAUCCUGGUCCAGUUUCUACCACCUUCAUAUGACAAAAACAAGGACAAACUCCUGCUGUUAAGACAUGCUUUUGACUCAGUCGACUGGAAGAAUUUAGGACUACUGCAUCCUGUCUUAAUCCAAAGUCCCGGAGAACCUUCCAUGUGCCCAGCCUGGGAACUGUUCCCCCUUGCUACCAUCUGGCCAAAUAGCCAACCUUCAGUGCCCUUUCUCUUCUGGAAUGUUACUGACUCAGACCAUUGACUUGGCUUAGAACUGUUAGCCCCACUAAGACCUGCAGGGUUUUUUGAAUAUGUUCUCAUCACACUUGGGGCAUCUGGUGUACAGGCCUCUCUGUUCCUCUGACCUCCAGAAAUGUGGGCAUUCUCACCCAGGGCAGCCGGCCAUCAGAUCUCCCCAGGCUUGUGAAACACAAAGCAGGGAAGUGGGCCUGUUCUCUUGGAGUGGCUCCCAGCUCUGGACCUACUGAGGAACCCCUCAACUGUCUACAGCCCAGCAUAGCCUCAUAUGGAUGCAGUUUCCCCAAGAAGAGACCCAACUGUGAAAAAGUCCUGUGAAACGGUGCUCUGCCCCUGGAGAAGGUGGAGGCCCAGCUGGGGUGCUCAGCAUGUGAACAAUAGCAAAGCAGUGACCUUCUGCUUCUCAGUGUUCCCCAAAGGGGUAGCUCUUGUGGUUUCACCAUCCUCAGCACCAUCUCAUGGCUCUCUGAGCUUUAACCUCUGUCUUAUGAAUGCCCGUUAUGUCCAUUUCUUGUUCAGGGGGUUCACUACCAGAGGGAAACUACUGAAGUCUACACCUGGGUAGGCUUUUGGUGUUCUCAGUCCUUAGGAAAAUGUCCCCAUGUGAGGCCCUAUGACUGAGUACUUGCUCCAGGCAGAGGCCAUUUCUGUCCUGGGCUCCAGCUCUAGGCUGCCUGCUGCUUCCUGCGCACAUCCUAUGACCUUCCCUUGGUGUCUCCGUAGUGCAUAGCCUUGCCCUCAUGUCUGUGUCCCUGAGCCCCCCAUGUUUCUGCAGGGUCAUUAGUUUGGCCUUUGAGCUGCCUUGUAACACGAUCUUUCCUGAGUGGGGCUUAGCUUUGUUUUGGAAGUAUGUCUCCCCCAAACCCAAAUGGCAGACCUCAAAUGGAAUUUGCCUAUUGCUACCAGAGAGGGAUACUUUUGGGCUUUUGUACAAAGCUAUCUAAUGUGCCUGAGUCCUGGGGACUCAGUAGACAGGAGCUUCUGGCCCAGCGGGCCAUCACUAAUGAUCUGUAGUAGAUGGGAUCAUCCCAAGGGUGAUGCCUUUAGAGGUGGGGCACGCUGGUCAGCCUGGUUCCCUCAGCCUCUUCUGCACACCGUGGGGUGACACCUUCAUGCUGGGAUCUCCAGAUGGGAAAUCAAGAAAUACAAGCAGUUUGUUUCCCCACUGUGGCUCUCUCUUCCCUGGGGGUUUUGGGCCAGUGUCCCAGCAUUACCGUUUGGAAUGAGGGGUCUGAAUUUACUGUCUCCCAGGCUUUGCAGAGGGUUCUAGAACAUGGAGCAGUACUACCUCCUCAGGGACAAGGGAGGAAACUGAUAUUGAGAGAUUUAGAGGGACUUACCUAAGGCUACAAAGCCUGGUCUUGCCAACCCAGUCCCACUCCAGCCUUAUUUUAGGACCAUGUUUAGAACAAGAUGGAGCUCCAGCACUGCCCUUGGUUCGACCUGCCACGAAAGACCCUGUCCUGGGUCCCUUGUCUUGAAGGGCACCAAUCUGGCCUUCCCCUGGCUAUGUCCCUCCCCACGGGGCAGGGAGUCUAUGAGGCCAAGGUGACGUGCCCACUGAAGCUUGUGCACCCCUCUCCCAGACUAUGAUCCAGGUACCCAGGAGACCACAGUUCCUAUCCAAGUGGUCCUCCUACACACAUCUGUCAUCCUGACCUGUACGCACCUAUAAGCAUGAGGGGUGGCCAGGGACAAGCUGUGUUUAGGGGUUGUAGAUGGGGCUUGGAUAUGCAGGCUGGGGUUCCCACAGAGAUAGGCAUGAAGCCUCUCUCACUUGGACGGGGCCUUGCUCUCCUUGUGCCACCACAGAACUUUGAGGCAUCUAAAUAUUCCAAAUGCAAACCCAGCCUUCCAGGUCUUACAAAAAGUGUGACUGUCAAGUAAGCAGACAGGACAUAUUUAGGAAUAGUUUGAUUCUAACAUGAAAUACUAGACAUAUGGUACGUGAACCUCCACCUGUGCUCUUGUAACCAGAUCUCACAAUUAUCAUCAGACAGGUGAGGGCCUGUCUCUGACUAUUGCAAGGGGUUUCUGAAAGGCUCUGAAAAUGAAAGGAUUCAAAGCCACAUGUUUGAAGUAUAUAUGUAAUAAUAGCAAUCCCCCCCCCCCCGUGGCAUUUGUGAUUUUUAAAAAUUCAAUUAAUAACAUAGAUUAUUUAUUUCAGAGGUAGAAGUCAGUGAUUCAUCAGGUGCCUAGAACACCCAGUGCUCCUUCCAUCACGUGCUGCCCUCAGGCCUCCCCUGAAAUGCUGUGGUCCAGGGAGCAGGUCCUGGUCCAGGAACAGGGACACCUGUAAGCAGGCCAGGUGGCCAUGGGAGAGGUAACCAAGUGUCUCUUGAGAGCACUGGCUGUUUCUGUGGGGAGCUGAGGUGCCACAGAGGGAGGGCAGAGCCCUCAACUGGGAGUCCUGACAUCUGGGCUCAUACUUGGUUUGUCACUUCUCACAGACUCCAUCUCCUUACCUAGAAGAAACUGUACACAAGGGCCGAAUUUUCUUUCAGCUCUAACAGCUUGUGGGUGGGGACUCUCCUCCAGCAGUGACAGGACAUGCCUAGGAGUGGAGAUAGAUAUCCUCAGCUUCUCCUGAGACUGUCACAUAGAGUGGCUGAGAAUAUCAGGGUCUUUAGAGCUGCAGCAGAGUCACCAAAAAAGGCUAUGUCAGUUUAGAUACUUUUGUUGGUAGGUAGCAGAAAAUCCAACUUAAAUAUAAUAUAAACUACAGGGUGGAAUUUAUUGGCUUAUAUAACUUAAAAAAUUCCAGCAGUUGAGUGGAGAUCAGACAUGGUUCAAGCAAGGCUUCCACUCCAUUUCUCUGCCCGGACUCUCUUCUCCGUUACUUGCAUAUCUCCUGUUAGUUUGAUCCUUGGGUGUCACAAGCGGACUAUUGCAAUUUCAGACUUACAUCUGACCCUAUAAUAUCCAGAGGAAGAGAUAACAUCUAUUCCAGUGGCUCUCAAGAAAGUUUUUUUCCAGAAGCCCCCCAAAAGUCUUACCUUGAGCCUCAUUGCCUAUUUGGGGUCACAUGCCCAUUCCUGAACCAAUUCUUGUCAGAAUGCCGCCCACUAAUUGGAUUACAGCUGGGUUCCUGAACCCACAGAGGCAAAAGGUGUAAGAUUACUCCUUGUUCACUCCCUAGGGAUUCUCCAGAAGCACAUCAGCUGUGUAAGGAAGGCUUGGCUAUUGGCCAAUAUAGUGGGGAGCAGGUAUGAGGUGAAUGGGUGCUGGGUACACACAGUGUCUAUCACCGUGGCAGUCUCUGGUUUUGCUUUUCCUUUUGGCAGGAAUAGGUGCUGAACCACUUGGGGAAAACCUCUGGAAAGAUACCUCACAACUAGACAGCUCUUGGCUGAUUCUGAUAGAGCUCCUUGAAAGAAGUUGACUCUCCUAGGGAGCCAAAGGUUAUCAAAGAGGUGGUGUAGUUUGCUUUUGUGAAAAAAGGAGAGGAUAGGAUUUACGUAUUUGGGUUUGGAGCCUGUCACUAACUCCCUAUUUAAUUUUCCUGCAUAAUUUGCUUAACUUUUCUGUUUUUCUCAUCUUUAUACUGGGUUAUUUCAGGGCGUGUUGGCAUUUUAGUGAUGAUACGGUUAAAAUUUCUGACACCUAGAAACUCUUUACAGAGGGUUGGGUUUUAUCUGUGUCAUUAUUAUUUAAGGACUUAGGCCGAAUCACUCACCUCUUUGGGACCUGGGGGUUCUUUCUUCCCCCUUUGAGGCUGGUUACAUGGGUUCACUUUUGACAGCAGUUUGGACCACAGUCUUUAUUACAGCCUUUACUAUAAAACAGUGAAAAAGAGCAGGGGUUCUCAAACUCUGCAGCACAUUAGCCUGUUUGACAAAUACCACCAGGGAUGAACCAACACAAAUUUUGUAGACCAACAAAAUCAGGUUCACUGUCGUGUAGUAAGAAGACCAAACACCAGAGGAAUAAUGGAACAGCUCAUCAAACCAAGAAAAAGAUUAUGACAGACUUGGGGAGGGGUGCAGUGUAGGCAGAACAUGAAAGCAGCAUUGUGGGAACAGGCUCAAAGCAAAACAGGGGUCAAGGUCAAGCCUGGACUGGGAAGUGGACCCAGGUCCCGAUUCCUUGGAGAACUGCAAAGUUAAGAAAAGCAGGGACUGUCAUGCUGGAAAAUCCCUAUCAGAAUUUUUGAAUCUAGGGUAGAAACUGAAACUGCUUCUCUGUGUCAGUGACUCAUGCAGCGCAGGUCUUCCAGGCAAGGGUGGAAAGUUUCAUUGUUAAUGAUAGGAUUGCAAACUGCAAAGUUUUGACAGCCCAAGAUUUUAGUCACAAAGGUUGACAUGAUUUUUGUUCAGGUGGCAGGAGUAUAAAGCAAAGCUGAGGCUGUCACUGAAAAGAAAGCAGGAGUCAUUCAAAGAGUGAUUAUGAUACUGUAGAGCUGACCUUGAGAGAAAGAUUGCUUCCUGUUAACUUUGCAGCAUUAUCAGUGCCUGCCCUGACAGUCUGAUGAAUGACAUGGUACAGGGCUGACUUUACCUCUCUCAGCCUGGACUAGUUUUUUUACCCUUUCACCAGUAACAGAGGCCCAAGCUCUGCUCAGCUGAUCCCCAAUGACCCACACUAUGGCGAGGCUUCUCUAGGCCAGCCCCCAGGCUCCUAACAUAACCAGGGAAGCGUGGGGAUGGGGUUUGGCUCCAGAAGUCUUUAUCCACCUUCAAAGCCAUUUGAGUGACAAACUUGUGAGCAAAGUAAGGUCUUUAGAGGAACCGUGUUCUCAACCUUGGUAACUAGUACUUAGGAAGCAGUGCUUGGGAAGAUGGUAGGACAAAUUUUCUAAGCAUCAUGGGACAUACACCGAUCAUCCAUCACUUUAAUAUGGGCCUGGAGGACACAUAGGUCAAAUUGCUUAAGAAUCUCCAAACCUCAAUUCAUAGGCCAACCAUGCUCCAUUCACUGCUUUACUUGAGUUGUCCCGCACUCCCCUUCCCUCCCCUAUAGUGGAGUGAACCAAUUUCAGUGAAACUCAGAUCUUGCAUUAGUAUGGUAACAGUGAGCUCAUAGAUCAAGGAUCUUGGCAAUUCAUCAAGGAGACGGUUACACUUCAAUAACCUACAGUCACCACCCAUGGACCCAGAGGCUCCAAGAGUGUGGUUUCCAUCCUCAUUUGUUGCAAAUGACACAAGAGUAAAGGAUUGAGGACUCCCCACCUCACAUAAUUGGGGUGGGGGGGCAGGCAGACAGAAAGGGGGAAUAGGAAGAGAACUCACACUGCCUUUAUCAGAGGGCCUUCCUCUCUGGGGAUUCACCUAAGUUCUUUUCAGCUCCAGACAGCUGACUUUUGGAGUCAGACAACGCUACAAGAAACAAGAAACCAACUCACUAUAGGAAGAAAUGGGCUAUUUCCCCAGCCCUUGUUUGCCUUUGCCCCACUACCUUUGCAGAAAGAAAAAGGGGCCCAUGGAAAAUGCCAAGAUGUUAGUACCUCAAGAGAAUUUGUGAUUAUUUUGGUUUUGCCAUCCUUCCACCCCCUCGAUACCUCUAGAUUUGGGGUUUUGAUGUUCCAACUCAUAAGGAGUAUCACAUCCCACUGCAUGUGUCACUCCAGGUUACUCUCAAUCCAACUCCUACCUAGGAUGGCAAAAUGAAGGCAGUCAUUCACAGUAGUGGGUCAUCAUUUGAGGCUCAUCAUGGGAGACUAUCUUCUUGGGGCACAAGUUUAAAGCUUUAGAGUUUAUGAGGAUGACCUGAAGGGCUUGUCAAAACAUUACUGGGACCCACUUUCGAGUUUCCAAUUCAGCAUGUCUGGGGUGGAACUUGGUAAUUUCUAUUUCUAACAAGGUCCCAGGGGAUGCUGAUGGUGCUGUGGACCAGGGACCACAUUUUAAGAGCCACUACUUCUGGGGAAAUGUCUCAUCUGAGAACAACGGUAGUAGCCCAAAUACACUGGGGGACAGGAGGACUUUGGGUAAGUGGGGUUUUUUUUUAAUACUCUUCCAUUAAGGAAGUAGGGUCUUUGUCCUUUCCUUUUGAAUCUAGGUGGGCUUUUGAUUGCACGGACCAAUAGAAUGCUGUGGAUGUGAUGCUGGGUGACUUCCCAGGCUAGAUCAUCUACAGCCAAGCAGCUUCUUGGGACACUCAUCCUAGGGGAGAGCAGCCAUCAUGAAAGAAGCCCAAAUACCUUGAGACUGCCAUGUUGGGUUCUGGUUGACGGAUCCAAAUGAACUUGCUUCCAGCCAUCCCCACCAUGGUGCCAGAGAUGUAAGUGAAACUAGUUCAGACUCUCCAGUCCUGCUUGUCUGCCACCUAAGUUAACAUUGAGUGACCUCAGGGGAAGCCCCAAGGAGAAUCGCCCAGCCAAGCUCUAUCCUAAAUCCUAACCAACACUUCCAUGAGAUAAAAUGGUUGUUGUUUAAGCCACGAAGUUUUAGGGUAGUUUGUUACUUAGCAAUAGAUAACAGUGCUUUAGGUUAGAAAGGUUAGAAAGGAAGCAAACCACUCUGGACAGGGCAAAGCGCCAAGUCCAGAGGAGCUGCUGGCUUGCGUUUGGUGCCCUCUGCAGGAUCCAUGAAUAUAAGUUGGCCUUAACUCCUACAUGGACUUUUAUUUAUCUGGCUAGGAGAAAAGCCAGGCAAGAGAGGGGACUUAAGUCAUUGUAUGGCCCAGUGUUCUCAACCAUGAUGGGGAUGUGGAGUAUAUACAGGUUGUAGAAUGACUGCAACAACCACCCUAAUUCUCACACCUCCCUGUAUCCACACCUUUCUAACAUACUUUGCUACUCCUCCCAUCAGCUGGUGAAAUGCAAUGUAUUUGCCCAACCCCUUGAUUCUGAACUUGAUCUUGUGACUUGCUUUUGGCCAGUGACAUGUUAGCAGUUGUGACAGAGGUAGUGGUGUUUCGUCUCUCACUCUAGCACCUUUGCCUUUGCCAUGACAAUAUGCCUAUGCUAGGCUGGCCAAGGCCAUCCUCGAUCAGCUGAAUCCGUCAAGACAUAUGGAGCCCAGUCAAGACCAGGCUGUCCAGGAACACCCAGUCUAAAUCACCAAUCCAGACUUGUAAGCAAAAUAAAUGUUUAUUUUAAGCCACUGAA